UAAGUAUCCUCGAGAGUGCGCAUCGAGCUUGACAGCAUAAUGCGCGCUCUCGUGUUCCCCCGGAUGCGUGUUUACUCAGUCUCCUCUCUCCACCCUUGAAAUGAGAGAGGUACGAAGUGGAAGGGACAUCGUUUUGCAAGAAUAUUUCCACCAACGGAUAGCCAGGGACGAAGCGCGGAGAGUCAAGGUGUAGCUCAAGGAUACAUUGAUUCCACGCCAAGGUCAAUUAUCCCUCUCUCUCUAAAAAAAACUUCAGACACGGAGAAAUCACGAACCUGUGAGGAUGGAUCAGGCAUACGGGGCUGGAAAGGCAGGCGGCACCUUCGAUCCAAUUACUUUCUUUCAACAACCGCAGACAAUUCUGCGAAUAGUAUCUUGGAUCUUUUCUAUCGUGAUCUUUGGAUGUAUUGCUAACGAGGGCUAUGUGAACCGUCCAGACGAGGUGGAGGAGUUUUGUAUCUUUAACCGCAACCAGAACGCCUGUAACUAUGCUGUGGGAAUGGGAGCUCUGGACUUUCUCUGCUGUGCUGCUUUUCUGGCACUGGACAUCUACUUUCCUCAGAUUAGCAGCGUUAAAGACCGCAAGAAGGCUGUGUUAGCUGAUAUUGGUGUUUCAGCCUUCUGGUCUUUCGUGUGGUUUGUGGGCUUCUGUUUUCUGGCCAAUCAGUGGCAAGUGGCUAACCCAGAAGAUAACCCUCUCAAAGAGGGAGCAGACGCUGCCAGAGCGGCCAUCACCUUCGCCUUCUUCUCCAUAUUUACUUGGGGUGUUCUUUCACUUCUGGGUCUGGAGCGCCUAAAGAAAGUCUCAUUUGAAGAGGAAUACAACAAACUCUUCACCCCACAUACGCCACCUCCAUUCGUCUAACAUUUAUCAUAUCAAUUUGUUUACUGUGUGCUUUAGACAUCAAUUACAAAAAUCAUCCUCAAAAGCAAAUGGAUGCAAGUGAAGAUGUGUUUUUUUUAUGUCACAGAGACAAAUCAAGCUGUAAACCCCCUGAUAUCAACAGAGGAGCGUUUAAUGAAGUAUGGAUUUAUGACAACAAUACCUGAUUUUCAUCUUUCAGAUUUACACAUUUCAGUGGUCUCUUGUUAUUAUAUGUUGGUGUCGUUUACAUUAAAUCUUGGCGUUAACGCUUGAAAGUUUGUUUUUAAAGUAUUUUUUUUUUAUUAAAUUAAUACAUUUCUUGGGCAAAGAUGUAAUUCAGUUACUUUGACAUUAUAAUAUAAAUUAUUUUUAUUUUUAAAUAAUUGUUGUUCAUUUGAGCUUUGGGUCUUAAUGUAUCCUAGUUUUUCACAAAAAAUGUUUUCAUCAGUGGUAAUAAAUACAUCAUCAGGACCAAAUCAGCAUAUUAAAUUGAUUUCUGAACAAUGGUGAGAAACUGAGAACAUCAGUUUAUAAUCGGUUUAGUAUGUCAUUAAUUAAAAUGCAGCACUGUGUUCUAAUAUCUGUACAUUGUACAUUCCCUACAAAUUUGAAUUCUAAAAUUUGUUUCUUUACAAACUUAUAGUCUGAGCCCAGUUUUUCCAAAAAUGCAAUCUGGAUCAAAAUUGGUCCAGAUUUGAAAAUCCCAUAUUUUGCUAUCCAGGAUUAACUGAUCUCUCUUACAUUUAUGACAGUUUUUUUUUUAAGAAACAUGAGGUUGGAUCACUGUGAUCCAAAUACCAAAUUUCAGGAUUACCAAAUCCUGUUUACCAGAGCCUUAAAUUGAACCAACUGUGUAGGCUACUGGCUUAGCAGAGAACAUCAGCUAGGCAAAAUACCAGUGGCCACAAACAGCCAUUGUUUGUUUUAAUGGUAAGAAACAGAAACACUGCUAUCAACAAACAUUUGACAUUUUUUUAGUUUGUUCUAAUACAAUACUGCUUUGACAUUGUUUUGUUGUUGUUUACCAUAUCUCAAUAGAUGUUACAUGCUUCAUAUAGGCUUCAAAUAUGAAGGGAUUUAUAUAUCAUCAGUAACCAUUAUGUUGGUGAUCAUUCACUUAAAAAAUAAAACUUUUAUUUUUACUUUGUUUGGUGCAAAAAAAUCACUACUGAAUCCUUCCUUCUGAUUGGAUUAGGAUAAUUCAGUUUUUUAUCAAAAAGAUCCCAAUCUGAGUUUACAGUUUUAAAUAACCCAAAGGGCAGGUUCGAUCUAAAUCAAAUGUAAGAUUGGAUUACGUGGUCUGAUCUUAAUUGAAAAUCCCUUUUGUUAUUUUUGAAAAAAAAAAAAACAUUUUCAAGAUUUGAUCCAAACCGUGAUCCAAAAUCCCACUGGAUUACUUUUGAAUAACUGGGCCCUGUUUGUUAUUUUUAAAAUUGCUAUUCACUUUUAUCUAACUAGGGGGUGCCACUUGCACAUGCAAAGUUCAGCUGAGUGCAACAGCAGUGUUUCCCAACCCUGUUCCAGAAGGCACACCAACAGGAAAAUGAAUGGGUCAGAUAAGGGAGAGAGGUCUGGAUGCAGACCUGGUUCAGUGCUAUCGGAGCUGAAUCCAAUGCUUUUUAAGACGCUCACCCAACCCUACACCUCACAGUGACGUCACUAGCUCCAUUGAGUGCUUCGGGUCUGACAUUGAAUCACUGAGAUAUGCAGCUCGCAUCAUCAAGAUAAGGAGACAUCCAAAAUAUGUACUGUUGGAGUACCUCAGGGAACAGGGUUGGGAAAACCCUACUCUACAGGAUGCUUUGCAACAUUGUAUAAUAUAGUGUAAGACUAUCAUAUACUGGUUUUUUGACAUGUUGUCCAAAAUACACUACAGCCUACUUUCAGCUUACUCGGCUCCAUUACUGUCAUGGUGUUUCAGAAAGGUAUCUUAAUUCAUAUGUUUACAGUUGACCUGCUCUUAAAAUUUAAGAUAUUGUUCCUGUGUGCCAUGUCAACAUUUGAUUGAUUAAACGGUCUUAAGUUUGACUG